AUGCUUUUAUCACUCUUGGCAAUGCAGCUCCUGGCGAGUACGGUUUGUUCUUCACCUACUACUUACCAAAGACCUUUCGGAGUCGAACAGUCAACGGGGGAUAGAGUGAAUGUAUCACUAUAUGUCAUGUCAAGAUGUCCUGAUGCUAGAUUAUGCGAGAACGUCUUUGAGAGUGUAAUUCAACAAGACGGUAUAUUAGAUAAGAUCAAUCUGAACAUUGGAUAUAUAGGAACACCGAAUAAAUCCGAAUCAUUGGGAGUAUCAUGCAAACAUGGUUCAUUGGAAUGUAUAGGAAAUGCGCAUCAAUUAUGUUUAUUGAACAGUGACACAGUAUCGAUAAAAAAAGCUUAUGAUAUAAUACAAUGUCAAAAUUAUCCAUCUAGUUUCCCGAAAGAAAUUGGAACUUUGCAAAGUAUAAAAGAAUGUGUCAGGGCAGAAAGAUUAGAUUGGUAUGAAUCUGGUAUUGGACAUUGUAUAGAAGGCAAGACCAAGGAAGAGAAUCGUAGAUGGGAUGAAAUGGAAAUGGAUUUCUCUUUCUCGAGAGGGCCAGUUGUCGAUGAUGAUGAUGAUGAUGAAUCAACUCCAAAAUUAGGUAAACGAGCCAAGAGAUUAUUACUCGAAAAUAUCAAACAGGUUUACGAUAAAGGCAUCAAAACCAGUUGUACGAUCGACAUUGAUUCUACGAUAAUCAGUCAUCAAGGUAGAAGAAGGUGUAUAGUAGAUGGUGGAGUAUGGAAAGGAUGUGAUGACGGUCAUACACCUCAAGAUUUCGUUAGAGUUAUCGAAGAUGAAUAUGAGAAUUUAAAGUCUCAGCAUAAUGGGAACAGAUGA